AUGAGGACAGCUCCACUUGAGAGGACAGCACAAGUAGAGAGGGCAGCUCAUCUUGAGAGGACAGCUCAACUUGAGAGGACGGAUCAACUUGAGAGGACAGCUCAACUUGAGAGGGCAGCUCAACUUGAGAGGGCAGCUCACUUGAGAGGGCAGCUCAACUUGAGUGUACAGCUCAACUUGAGAGAAAAUCUCAACCUGAGAGGACACCUCAACCUGAGAGGACACCUCAACCUGAGAGGACAGUCCAACUCUCAACUUGAGAGGCCAGCUCAACUUGAGAGGACAGCUCAACUUGAGAGGACAGCUCAACUUGAGAGGACAGCUCAACUUGAGAGGACUGCUCAACUAGAGAGGACAGCACAACUAGAGAGGGCAGCUCAUCUUGAGAGGACAGCUCAACUUGAGAGGACGGAACAACUUGAGAGGACAGCUCAACUUGAGAGGGCAGCUCAACUUGAGAGGACAGCUCAACUUGAGAGGACAGCUCAUCUAGAGAGGACAGCUCAUCUAGAGAGGAUAGCUCAACAUCAGAGGACAGCUCAACUUGAAGGAGAGGUCGACUUGAGAGGACAUCUCAACUUGAGACAACAGCUCAACUUGAGAGGACAGCGCAACUUGAGAGGACAGCUCAACUUGAGAGGACAGCUCAACUUGAGAGGACAGCUCAACUUGAGAGGACAGCUCAACUUGAGAGGACUGCUCAUGACAGCUCAACUUGAGAGGACAGCUCAACUAGAGAGGACAGCACAACUAGAGAGGGCAGCUCAUCUUGAGAGGACAGCUCAACUUGAGAGGACGGAUCAACUUGAGAGGACAGCUCAACUUGAGAGGGCAGCUGAACUUGAGAGGACAGCUCAACUUGAGAGGACAGCUCAUCUAGAGAGGACAGCUCAUCUAGAGAGGACAGCUCAACAUCAGAGGACAGCUCAACUUGAAGGAGAGGUCAACUUGAGAGGACAUCUCAACUUGAGAGGACAUCUCAACUUGAGACGACAUCUCAACUUGAGAGGACAGCUCAACUUGAGAGGACAGCGCAACUUGAGAGGACAGCUCAACUUGAGAGGACAGCUCAACUUGAGAGGACAGCUUAACUUGAGAGGCCAGCUCAACUUAUGA